AUGGAGAAUGAUACUGUCAGUGAACUGAACCAAACCGAGCUCCAGCCACAAGCAGCCGUGGCUCUUGAAUACCAGGUGGUCACCAUCUUACUUGUAGUCAUUAUUUGUGGACUGGGCAUUGUGGGCAACAUCAUGGUAGUCCUAGUUGUCAUGAGAACAAAGCACAUGAGAACCCCUACAAACUGCUACCUGGUGAGUCUGGCUGUGGCGGAUCUCAUGGUUCUGGUGGCUGCAGGCCUCCCCAACAUAACCGACAGCAUCUAUGGUUCCUGGGUCUAUGGCUAUGCUGGCUGCCUCUGCAUUACAUAUCUCCAGUACUUAGGAAUUAAUGCAUCCUCAUGUUCAAUAACAGCCUUUACCAUUGAGAGGUACAUAGCAAUCUGUCACCCCAUCAAAGCCCAGUUUCUCUGCACAUUUUCCAGAGCCAAAAAAAUCAUUAUCUUUGUCUGGGCCUUCACGUCCAUUUACUGUAUGCUCUGGUUCUUCCUGCUGGAUCUCAAUAUCAGCAGCUACAAAGGUGCUAUUGUGGUAUCCUGUGGCUACAAGAUCUCCAGGAACUACUACUCGCCUAUUUAUCUGAUGGACUUCGGUGUCUUUUAUGUCGUUCCAAUGAUCCUGGCCACUGUGCUUUAUGGAUUUAUAGCUAGAAUCCUCUUCUUAAACCCUAUUCCUUCAGACCCUAAAGAAAACUCUAAGAUGUGGAAAAGUGACUCAGUCCAUCAGAACAAGAAUUUGAAUUUAAAUGCCACCAACAGAUGUUUCAACAGCACUGUAUCUUCUAGGAAGCAGGUCACAAAGAUGCUCGCAGUGGUUGUAAUUCUGUUUGCCCUUUUAUGGAUGCCCUACAGGACUCUUGUGGUUGUCAACUCUUUUCUCUCCAGCCCUUUCCAGGAAAAUUGGUUCUUGCUCUUUUGCAGAAUUUGCAUUUAUCUCAACAGUGCCAUCAACCCAGUGAUUUACAAUCUCAUGUCUCAGAAAUUUCGUGCAGCCUUCAGGAAGCUCUGCAAUUGCAAGCAGAAGCCCACAGAGAAAGCUCCUAACUACAGUGUAGCCCUAAAUUACAGUGUCAUCAAGGAGUCAGACCGCUUCAGCACAGAGCUAGAUGACAUCACCGUCACUGACACGUAUGUGUCAACCACAAAAGUGUCAUUUGAUGACACCUGCUUGGCCUCUGAGAAAAAUGGACCCAGCUCUUGUGAAUAUGGCUAUUCUUUGACUGCCAAACAGGAGCAAAUAUGA